UAUAUAUAUAUUCCAACCUUGCAAACACCUCAAAUCAUAGAAGAGAGAUAUAGAGCGAGAGAUUGAGCAAAAUGAUGAACGUGGUCAAAGCAGAGAAGUCGUUGGUGCGCUUCUUCGUAAAGAGGGCAGGGUUGCGACAACACACUAUUGAGAUUGAGCCUGGGACGAUUAUAAGAUUUUGGAUCCCAAAAGAGAAAGUCCCGAAGCAGAAGGGGACCGUAAACGAAGCGGUUUUCAAAGGAAAGAGCGAUGUCAAAGCAAUUGGCAAAGAAAAGAGCGGGGAGAACAGUAAGAAGAAGCCGGCCGUCGUUCUCAUGCACGGCUUCGCAGCCGAUGGCAUCGUCACCUGGCAGUUCCAAAUCGGCAUACUAGCGAGGCACUAUGAGGUGUACGUGCCGGACCUGCUCUUUUUCGGGGGGUCGACAAGCACGUCGACCGACCGGUCCCCCGCAUUCCAAGCCCGGUGUUUUCUGACCGCGCUGGAACGGUUAGGCGUGGAUGCGUGCACGGUGGUCGGGUUCAGCUACGGGGGGUUUGUCGCGUUCAAAAUGGCAGAGGCGAAGCCCGACGUGGUGCGCAAUCUCGUCGUGUCGGGCUCGGCCAUCGACUUGACCGACUCGAUCACCGACGAGUCGCUGGAGCGGCUCGGGUUCGCGUCGCUGGCCGAAAUGCUCCUCCCGGAAUCCGUGAAGGGCUCAAAAGCGCUUUUCUCCGUUGGUGCGUACAAGAAGCUGCCGUUCCCGGAUUGGUUUCAUAAUGAUUAUCUUAAGGUGAUGUUUAGUAAUAGAAAAGAGAGGGCGGAGUUGCUUGAAGGGUUGGUGAUAAGGAACAAAGAUGCAAAGGUUCCGGCGCUAACGCAGAGGAUACUAUUGUUGUGGGGAGAAAAUGACAGCAUAUUUAAAAUUGGACUAGCUAAGAACAUGAAAGAGCAACUGGGUGAGAACACCACACUGCAAGCCAUAAAGAAAGCAGGCCACCUUGCUCACCUGGAGCGGCCGUGCGUCUACAACCGUCACCUCAAGGAGUUUCUGGCACAACUCCACAAUGAACCUUCGCAGAAAUGAAAUGAUUGAAUCUCACGAUAUUUGUUAUUACUAUUCAAAUCAAUUGUGUUUUCCCGAUACAUUUUAUUUAUCUCGAUGUAUCGGCAUUUAAAGUGAAAAAAAUAUAAGUUACACUUAAUCCUUCA